AAUGAGAAUUUUAUAUACUUGACAAAUUAAAUUUGUGUGCAUGGUCUUCUAAUAUUUAACUCCCAAGUUUCACAUACAAUUUUUUUUACAGAGAAGAAUUAUUGAAAAAGGCAGCAGAAUACUAGAGGAAAGUGUGAAAGAAAUGUGCAACACAAUGACAAGUUUACCAAAUUUGUUGACCAUAGCAGAUUUAGGUUGUUCUUCAGGGCCUAAUGCUUUUGAGGCAAUCUGGGAGAUAAUAAAUGUCAGCAGUAAUUUGUACCAAAGCAAAAAUGUUGGUUUACCAGAAUUUAAGGUUUUCUUAAAUGAUCUUAUUGGAAAUGAUUUCAACACCUUAUUUAGGUCAUUACCAGAAUUUCACAGGAAGCUCAAGGAUGCAAAUUUUGGACAGUGUUUUGUGUCUGCUACACCAGAAUCUUUUCAUGGAAGGUUGUUUCCUAAUGAUUUUCUUCAUCUUGUUCAUGCUUCGUCUAGUGUUCAUUUCCUCUCCCAGGUCAGUGUUCCGCAACUUGAAAUUCUUAAAAAUACUAGGAAAAUCGACUUGAAAACAAUACGAAUUACAAAACUUAUUAAAAGAGACGAAAUUGUACGUGGUGGUCAGAUGGUUUUAAACUUUAGAGGCAGUACACAAAGUGAUAAACCAGAUUACAAACAGGAUUAUGAGCUACUAGGGCUAGCACUUCAUAAUUUGGUCCUUAAGGGGAGGAUCAAGGAAAAGGAGUUGGAUGGGUUCAAUGUGCCCUUUUACACACCUAGCAUUGAAGAAGUUCAAAGAUUAAUUGAAAUGCAAGAUUCUUUUACUAUCAAGAACAUUGAAACUUUCACCAUAGAUUGGGGUUUAAAGGAUACGGACUUGAUCCUCACACUCAAUGAAAGAGCUAAGCAUGCUUCUUAUAGCUUUCGAGCUAUAACGGGUCCUAUAUUGGCAAGCCAAUUUGGUGCACUCAUAAUAGAUGAAUUGUUCGAUCAGUUUGAAGCGAUGGUUAUGCAAUGUUUAGAAGUAGGGAAGUUAGAUAUGAUGAACUUUGUGAUUUCCAUGGCGAAGAAAUAAGGUCAAUCGUUGUAUGGCUCAUGUGAAUCAAGAUCUUUUUCCAGAAUCACGGUGGUUUAUGUUCUUUGAUCUAUUUUUUUGUUAUUUUAUGAUUACUUAUAUGAUUUUAAUUAUUUAUCAGGAAUAAGGUUUUACGUGUGUAUAUACUUUAAUUACAAUGUCUCUUACUCUCUUUUAAGCAACUAUUUUUUCUUUUUGUGGAUCAAAGUUUUUAUAUAUAAAGAUGACUAUGUUUAUUUCA